AAACGAAAACGUAAUACAAAAAGCCAAAUUGACAUCGCUAAAAAUCCAAAAAUAGAAUUAAAAAAUAUACUUCUGAACAAGCCAAGGAACAAGCCUCUCUUUUAUUGCCAAUCAGCAGUUACUCCCCACCAGCACACAGUUUCAGUGUACGAAGCGAUUAUAAAAGGCAUUUACUAGAACAAAUUGAUUCAUUCACAGAGCGACUUGGCUCCGUUUCAAUUCAAAAUCCAAUUUAUUCAUAGAUAGUAGAGCGACGCCGCUCAUCACAAAGUGAUCAAAAUUCUAAUUAUUUGUGUAGUUGAACGUUUAAAAUCAAUUAAGACAAGUUCUUGUUAUAGAUACAUUUUUGUAGCAAUCCCAUUCUUUUUGUACUCAAAUGAGUAGUAUAGCCAACAAGAAUAAAUUAAAAAAAGUUAAAUUUCAUAGCAACUCAAAGUGUGGCUUUUGCGAACUUUUUAUGUUUAUUGUCGUCUAUUUGUAUUCCAAUUAGAGACGACUUUUAUUGUUUGAAUCGAAAAAUUAAUUUGUGUUUAACAAAGUGCAUCCGAAUUUUACUCAAAAUGCCUGAAAUUAUUGAGAAAAGUGGAUCAAUAUACAAUUGUGCCUUUGGCAACGGCAAAGUCAUUAAGAACGCCACCAAUGUCGGAUUGGAUAAUCACAUCCGUGGCUUCACCGUCGUCAACGGAAAUGUGCGUCGUCUGUCGCAGAAACUUCGCUCGUUCCUUGAAGACACCAUCAUCCUUUGCCAGCCGAAAAAUGUUCACAUCUGUGACGGUAGUGAUCAAGAGCAAACCAUGCUGAUCAAACUGAUGCUGGAGCAAGGAACCAUUACUAGCCUGCCGAAAUAUGAGAACUGCUGGUUGGCUCGUACGAAUCCGGAAGAUGUUGCAAGAGUUGAGUCGAGAACUUUUAUUUGCACCGAACGUCGCGAACAGACAAUUCCGACGCCCAAGGAUGGUGUACAGGGUAAAUUGGGCAACUGGAUCUCAGCAGAAGAUAUGGCCAAAGCGAUCAAGGAUCGUUUCCCCGGUUGCAUGAAAGGACGCACCAUGUACGUCAUUCCAUUCUCGAUGGGACCGGUUGGAUCACCGUUGUCGAAAAUCGGUGUUGAGGUGACUGAUUCACCGUAUGUCGUCGCGUCGAUGAACAUAAUGACGCGAAUGGGAGAAGAUGUUAUGGACAUUUUGAACACCAAUGCCGAUUUUAUCAAGUGCCUCCAUUCGGUUGGUACACCAGAAAAUGGAAAAAUCACUGUGCCAUCGUGGCCAUGCGAUCCACAAAGGACAAUCAUUCUGCAUAAGCCUGCCGCAAAUGAAAUCGUUUCGUAUGGUUCAGGAUACGGUGGCAAUUCUUUGUUGGGAAAGAAAUGUUUCGCUUUACGCAUUGGAAGUACAAUUGCCCAACGAGAAGGAUGGUUGGCCGAACAUAUGUUGAUAUUGGGCAUUACAAAUCCAUGUGGCGAGAAGAAGUACAUUGCAAGUGCAUUCCCAUCGGCGUGCGGGAAAACGAACUUAGCUAUGAUGACACCAUCGUUGCCUGGAUUCAAGGUCGAAUGUGUUGGUGACGACAUUGCUUGGAUGAAGUUUGAUUCGAAUGGUCAGUUGCGUGCGAUCAAUCCAGAAAAUGGAUUUUUCGGUGUGGCACCUGGAACGAGCAACGAAACCAAUCCGAUCGCCAUGAAAACUAUUUUCAAGAACACGAUUUUCACCAACGUCGCAUCGACUUCGGAUGGCGGAGUAUUCUGGGAAGGAAUGGAAAAAAUGAUUGCGCCAGAUGUUAAAAUCACAGAUUGGUUGGGCAAUCCAUGGACAAUGGGAGUUAGUAAAACACCAGCCGCUCAUCCCAAUUCCAGAUUCUGCUCGCCAGCCUCACAAUGCCCGAUUAUCGAUCCGAUGUGGGAGAGUCCACAAGGAGUGCCAAUCGAUGCAAUUCUGUUCGGUGGACGCAGACCGGAAGGUGUACCGCUCAUUUACGAAGCAUUGUCAUGGUCGCAUGGAGUUUUCAUCGGAGCUAGCAUGCGAAGUGAAGCGACUGCUGCAGCUGAGUUCAAGGGAAAAAUGAUCAUGAACGAUCCGUUUGCCAUGAGACCGUUUUUCGGUUACAAUUUUGGAGACUACUUAAAGCACUGGCUCAGCAUGGAGCAACGAGCAGCCGUCAAUGGUGGAGAGCCUCCAAAGAUUUUCCAUGUCAAUUGGUUCAGAAAGGACAGCAACGGAAAAUUCAUGUGGCCCGGAUUCGGUGAAAAUGCCCGAGUAUUGGACUGGGUAUUGCGACGCAUUGACGGUGAAGAAUGUUACGAGGAUUCAUUAGUUGGACGUAUUCCCACCGCCGGUGCAAUCAGAACUGAUGGCCUCGACGAGUCGAUCAAUUUUGCUGAACUGUUUUCUCAGCCGAGAGACUUUUGGAGCGACGAAGUGAAAAGCAUCGACACCUACUUUGACGAACAAGUUGGAUCAGAUCUACCGCAUCAAAUUUCAAAUGAACUAAACGAAUUGAAAUGGAGAAUUGAGAACAGCCAAUAAGUUUGGUUCGUUUUGUUUUGGAUUUUAUUUAUUUAGGAAUAGAUUCAACGUUGCAUUUAAGCUAAUUUUAAGGCCGAAGACUUACAUAUUUACCGGACAUAUUCCAUUAUGUGGAUGCGAAUUAUAAGUUUUAUAAUGAUUUGUGUCUCUCUGAUUGAAAAAUUAAAUCAAUUUUUUGUAUGA